AUGGGUCACCAAUGUUUGAAGAAGGAAUCGAAGAAAUCAACAGACAGACAGGAUGGUGGGCCAUAUUCUUCUGCAAAUACUCGCAUUUCUUCUAACAGUAACUCUAGUGAUAGGACUCUAAUUAAAUACGAGAUGGAUGAAACCCUGGUAAUCAAGGAUGAAAUCAUCCAAGAUCCAGAGGCUGCAAGUGGAGUACGUAAUGAAAUGUUUGAGUUGAAAUUCUGUACCGUAGAUAUAGUAGAAGCUGAUAUUUUGAAUGUUGAUAAAAUUUUACGGAUGCAGAGCAAAAAAACAAUUCCGGAAUCUAAAGAGAAAUCAGAAAAAAAAUACAAAUGCGAAAAGUGUGCUCGAACCUAUGCACAACAAUCUCUUUUGACUCGACAUCAAAAAUAUGUAUGCUACGCAACUGUACCACAGUUCAUAUGUAAAUUCUGCAACAUACGAUUUAUACAAAAAUCUAUCAUGACUCGACACAUGGAUGUUGUACAUCAUAAUCCAAGCUCACAGCUAUCGAAAACGCAGCAUAAAUGUGACAAAUGUUCGCAAACUUACAGUUGUUUGAAUGCUUUAAAUCGACAUAAAUAUGUUGAACAUAAAUCAAUCAAACCAAAAUUUAAUUGCGAUUUUUGCGGAUAUAUAGCGAAUCAGAAAGCACACUUGUCAUCACAUAUUACUUCGCGCCACUCACAGAUAUCGAAAUUAAAGUAUAAAUGUGACAAAUGUUUGCGAAGUUACACUUGGUUGAAAGAUUUACAACGACACAAACGUUUACAGCACGCAAUGGUUACACCAGAAUUUAUUUGCGAUUCUUGCGGAUAUAAAGCUAAUCAGAAAGUUCACUUGGCAAAGCACAUUCAUUCACUCCACUUCGUGGCACCGAAAACGAAGCAUUAUUGCGACAAAUGUUCUCGAAGUUACAAUUGGGUCGGUGAUUUAAAUCGACAUAAACGCUUAUUCCACGGAACAGUCAAACCAAAAUUCGUUUGUAACUAUUGUGGGUUGGUAAUGCAUAAGAAAAGUAGCUUGCUAAAGCAUAUUGCUUCACUCCACGCAAAGGCAUUGAAAACGAGGCAUUUUUGCGACAAAUGUUCUCGGAGUUACAAUCGACUGUGUGAUUUAACUCGACAUAAAAGCGUUAAUCACGCAAAAGUCAAAUCACAAUUUAUUUGCGACUAUUGUGGCUUAAAAACGAGUAUGAAAAGUAGUUUGUCAAGACACAUGUCUGCACGCCAUGACAUACAUACCUUUAAUUACUUAUUAGUAAAUUCCCUGUAUAAUACUCAGUUUUAAUUUUUAUGGUUCCGAAAAAGGAAACUUACUUUUAAUUGAUAUCUACUUAAAUUGCUUUUCUUAAAUCUAGAAUCUGUUAACAUAAGAUUGUUUUAUUAAAAAAUAUAUGGAAAUUAAGAAAUAAUCAUAUUAUAUCUAUUUCCAUUUUACGGAAAAAAGCCGUCAAGUGAUUUAAAUCAGCAGAACCAUUUAGAGUCAGCAGUCCAACCUCAAUUUAUUUGCGACUGCUUCUUCUACAAAACGAAUAUAAAAAGUAGCUUGUCAAGACACAUUACUGCGCGCCAUUUUAAAUAAUUUAGUAAUCAUUCGAAAAUUACUUUUUCGCCUUACAUCAAAUGCGUAUUAAAAUGUGUAUUACCUUAAAUUAAUUGUGUUGCAAAUCACUACGCAACACUCAAUUUUCCUUUUUGAAGGUUCCAAAAGAGUAAACUUAAUCUUCAUCGAUAUCGGCAUGAAUUGAUUUUCUUAAAUAUAGAAUUUGCCAUUGGGCUUUUUGUUUCUUCAAAAUAAAUGCGAUACAGCUAUAAGUAGUUUUAGAUUAUUUAACAUUUCAUUGUCGAUUUACUAGCAAGUGUUACUUCUCAAUCAUCAGUUGAUGGGAGUACACUGCAAUUGUAGACACAGCUUUUUUAUUUUCAAAUUGAUUAAUUAUUUAUUAAAUAAUAAAUUUAUUGAUUGAUAAUAAUUUUUUUUACUUUUAAAUUGUUUAGAUUUAGAUAUUUUCUUCUGCGUUAAUAAUAAGUGUUUGUCUACACAUAACGAGAGAAUGCACCUAUUUGUACAGAAUUUUCUAUACAAAUAGCCAAGGCCUAAUAUUAAUUUUACAUUUACUGCAUGAUGCUUUUACGAUUGUCCAUAUUCAUAAUCAUGUAACAUGUGUUGGGGUAGAAAUAAAACUACUGAAGUU